ACUUUAGAGGGAGGCACUUCAAGGAGGCCCACCUAAGUUUCAAGAGCUUCAGAAAAGAUCCAGCGGCACAACUUUCUAAUGGAUCCCCAAAAUUCUUACCAUUCUUUAGUAAGGGGCAUUCUGUCCAUCGAUGUCACAGGAGGUUUCAAUCCUUGUGAGCUUUUGCUCAUAGGAGAUCAAGCCUUCCCAGUGCUUGUAGAUUCCAAGGGCCACGUUCUCAUAGCUGCAUCCCAAUAUGGGAAAGGCCGGAUGGUGGUCACUGCCCAUGAAUCCAUGUUAAUGCUUCCCCAGUUCUUGACGUUCAUUAAAAAUGCUCUGACCUGGCUCAGGCCUUCCACAACAGCACUUAUAGGAGUCCACAGAAGCCUAGGUGCCCUCUCUGAGUUGCUCCUCAGUAAUGGCAUUAAAGUUCAACCAGAUGCAACACUUGAGGACUCCCUUGGAGUAUUCUGCAGAAAUGUCUAUGAGGAUAAGCAAGUUGAUGACCUUGUGCAGUUUGUGAAGAGAGGCGGUGGACUGCUCAUUGGUGGUCAAGCUUGGUACUGGUCAUAUCAACAUGGGAAGGAGGCAGUCCUGGUUCGCUUUCCUGGAAACCUGAUGACCAGUGUGGCUGGAGUGUAUUUCACUGGCAAUGUGGGAGAAAAUGGUGUUUUCUCUGUGCCUGAAAAAAUUCCUAGGAUUCCCCUCAUCACUGAACAUGGCUUAAAUAUUCAACAGGAUUUACAAACUCUUCUGAAAGGAGUGGAGAGAUUCAAUGUAAAGGGCGAUGACCUCCAGAAUCAAAUGGUUCCAUCUCCCUUGCUUAUCCAUGGAGCCUUGGCAUUUCCAGUUGGCAUAAGUGAUACCUACCACUCCUUCCUGGCAGCUGCAUACUACGGUCGAGGACGCAUUGUAGUUGCCUCUCAUGAAGGCUUCCUCAAAAUGCCAUCAAUGAAGACUUUUCUCCUCAAUGCCAUCAGUUGGCUUUCUGCUGGAAAGGAAAGAAAAGUGGGCAUUGGAGACAGCUUACGGGAACUUUACUCCAUGUUAAACCAAGCAAAGAUUCCCUGUGAGCUAACCAACUUUAAAGAAGGCCUAGGCAUAUACUGUUGUAUGGCCUACGACGCCAAAGAGAUGGAAAGCAUCCACGAAUUUGUUUCUGAAGGAGGAGGACUCCUAAUUGGAGGUCAGUCUUGGUAUUGGGCUUCUGUGAAUCCUGACUCCAGUGCUAUUGCAGAAUAUCCAGGAAAUAAGAUCCUGAAUAAAUUUGGAAUUGGGAUUAUUCAAAGCUAUUUUCACGUAGCUGAAAACAGCUGUCCUGCUGGAGAGCCCAGUGAAGUAGCUUCCACUUAUCUUUUCCGAAAAGCAUUAUUGAAGUUUAAGGAACAUAUUCAAAAUGAACAGAUUCUACAAACACCAUAUUCCUUAUGGCUCCAGAGGUUGGUUCAAGACUUUACCAUAUUCCUUGAGAUCCCAGCUACGCACGCCCGUCCAUUCUCUUCAAUUCAUGAAGAAGCUCUAGGCUUGAUUCAAAUUAAAGGGAUUCCUGAGGUCAGUGUACAUAACCUAAUCCAAGCUAAUUCAGACCAAGCCAUUUUACUUCGAAUAGCUUCUGUGCUCUAUAAAGUUCUACCAGAGUUUCAAGGCUUAGUACCCAGCCUGAUGCCAAAUUAUCCAAGCUCUUAUCCUACGGCACCUCCUCAAAACAUUCAAGUAAAUGGAAGCAAUACAGGAAAUGAGGCUUGGAGAAGCACUGGCAUGUACGCUCCUCCAGCAACAACGGUCACUUUAUUAUUCCCACCCUCCACUCUCAACGCAAAAUUGCAG